AUGAUCUCCUCAAUACACCUCUCCCCCCCCCUCCUCCUCCUCCUCCUCCUCGCCGCCACAAAACCCACCCACGCCCUCACAAUCAACCCCCGAGACACCUCCCAAACCCUCCCCCUAUCCGUCAUCAUCGGCGUCAGCAUCGCCGUCAUCUCCAUCUUCGCCCUCGCAACAACCCUCUUCGUCAUCUACUUCGCCCGUCAAGCGCCCUCUCCAUUCCUCCACCAGCGCCGCUACUACAGGCAGGAGUUCGUCGUCUCCCCCAAGGACCUCGUCGAGCCAUGGAGCUACGUCGUCAACGCCAACCACCACCGCUCUCCCCACGACGCUGAAAACAGCAUUGGUGAUGAUGGCAAGGCCGAGACAAAUGGCCAGUUUUACAACCGCAUGGCGAAACCACCCGCCCGCUUCAGCAUCAUCCAACUCACCCACGAUCCACGGUCCGCCAUCCACGGCCCCGACAACGCCAUGCCCGCUCACCACGCCUACGACCCCAACACCGUCUCCAAGCCCCUGAACCACCACCACCACCUCCUCCUCCAAGACAGCGGCUCAUCAGGCCCUCUAUCGCCACCACAGCCAGCACACAGACUCAGGCCAAACACCCCCGACUCAUUCAUCAUCCAAUCCUACAAAUCCGUCGUCGAAGACGCCGCCCGCCAGUCCUCCUCCAACCACCAGUCUCUCCCUUCACCUGCACUGCCAUCUCCUUCUUCAGAGGCCUUCUCGUCUUCGCCGACCCGGACGAGAGCCUCCUCUCUCUGGAGCUCCAGGCUCUCCUCUCUGCCUCUCCCCAAGAUCCAAAUCGCAAAGAGGAACAAGCCCCCUCGGCUGAACCUCGCAUUGCAGCCUCUGGCCAUGGCAAAGAAAAGUCCCAACGGCGAGAUGCACAUCACCCCUCCGCUCCUCAACGACCCUAGGUUCAUCGACAGGCCGCUUGGCGCUGGGGUCGUCGUCAUUGAGCGGAAUCGUCCGCCUUCUCCCGACGAUGGCGAAAAGUACGCUGCUUACACGGAAGUUCCCCUGGCCAGCGGGAAGAGCGUCCUGUACGGGAUGUAAUAGGGGGAGAAAGAAAUAUGCAUGACUUCUCCCUUUCCCCUCUUCUUCAAACUUCUUUCCCAUGUAGACACACAACGCUCGCUUUAUUUUAUCUUUCCUUUGUCCGUCUGAUAAGAAUUUCAUAUGGGUGGCUAAGCGAUGUAACAUUCUUGGAUACCGACUUGUUCGAGUAAGUGGUGCGGUGGCUUUUUGUCUUGUUUAGGGCGUUGGAUUCACGCAAGGUUAUUCAGCCAUGGGAUAUGGCC